AUGUCUAAACUCACAGACUUCAAACUGCUGUGCUUUGACGUAUACGGCACCCUGAUUGAUUGGGAAACGGGCAUCAUCACAGCUCUGCAACCACUCAUCACCGCCAACAACGCCAGCCCCAGCAAGAAUGAGCUCAUGGAAGCCAUCCACAAGGCCGAGGCCAAACAGCAGGCAGAGACGCCAGCGAUGAAAUACCCAGACCUGCUCGCUGCCAUCCAUCCCCAAGUGGCACGGAACCUUGGCUUCUCGGUGCUCCCGAGCGAGGCCGAAUCCCGCACGUUCGGCGAGAGCGUGGGCACCUGGCCCGCCUUCCCCGAUACCGUGGACGCGCUGAGGCGGCUCAGCCGGCACUACAAGCUCGUGGUGCUAUCCAACGUCGACCGAGCGGGCAUCCGCGGCAGCGUCGCCGGCCCGAUGGAGGGGUUCGAGUUCGACGCGAUCCUGACGGCCGAGGACAUCGGGUCGUACAAGCCUGACCUGCGCAACUUUGAGUACAUGCUGCGCAGGGUCGAGGAGCAAUUCGGAGUGACCAAGGACCAGGUGCUGCAGACGGCUCAGAGCCAGUUUCACGACCACCACCCGGCCAAGGAGAUGGGGAUGAAGAGCGUUUGGAUCGCGAGGUACGGCUCCGUCAUGGGGAACUUGGAGACGGAAAAGUAUGAUUGGAAGUUUGCGACGCUGGGGGAGAUGGCGGAUGCGGUCGAGGCCGAGACGCCGGCGUAA